AUGUCUCAAAUCGAGGUUCCUCCACGCUCCUUACUCUGCAAGCAUUUUGCAACCGAGGGCUCCCCUGAUGUCUUCGACACAGCAGUCCAAACACUCUACACGCGUUUCUUCAACUCCAUGCGCAAGAUUGUUGCUGCCACAACCGGUCAAUCUCAUUUGGCUGCCCCUAAAAUGUGCACUAGAGACACACAAACGUAUUCGUUUAAGAACGCUAUAGUACAAACCAAGCGAGAGGCCUUCACUCAGCCACAGAGAAGCACCCUACUAAAUUCUGACAAAACGCCGGGAGAAUACACUAUGAUCGGUCGGUCCGACCGUUACGAAACAUCUGAGAAGUAUCUACGGCGCAGAGACGCGGCCAUCAUUCUUAUACAAGCGUGUUGGCGACGGUACAAGGCUAUGUGCCGGGCAGAUUCUAUCCGUGUUGAGCGCGCUACGGUGCAGCAACAGCAGCAGGAGCUUGAAAAUCAAACUGCCAUAACUCGCGAGAAAGAGCGACAAUUUCAACUGAACCGUCGCAUCUGUCCUCGCACUUCUGAGGACUUUCAACUCCUGUACGAUGAGGUGGCUGUUUGGGUUCGUCAGCAGACCUUUUCGAUCAAGGAAGCAAAUCUUCCUCCAGAGGCAAAACAGGCAAGCUUUGAGCUACUGCUAGAGAAGGAGACACGCCUUUUGCAGAAUAUCGAUCUACUGAAGCGUCAAGCCCAUUACUUAAACCGUUCUGACAGGGUCGGCCAGUUUUUCCACCGAAUAUCUAAGCCGCGAAAGUGGCAAAUAUCUGACGGAAGUUUUGUCGAUGUGAUGACACCGUACAGUCUCAGAGCUGCUUCUUUGCGUGACCUAUAUUAUGCCCUGGAAGAGUCUUCCUGCUUUGUUGGGCCGAAUGCGGAUACUAUCAACUCUUGCGCAGGAUACACAGUGACACCAUCGUCAAUCAGCAACUAUCGAAAGACCAUAGCAAGCAAAUUCGAGGGCUCCAUGAUUGAUCAGCGGCUGGACGUGCUUCUACAAGUUAAGUGGUGCCUAAAGGAGUUUGAUUGUGACCUAACCAGAGAAGCCAUUUCACUAAUAGAUAGGGAAGCCGAUCUGCUAAGUAGAGGACGCUCUCAGACAAGUCUCGGAGGGCUCCGCAGGCGCCUUCUUGCUCUCUUUCUUCAGUUUGCAGAGACACCGGAAUUUAAUCCAGGGACACUAGAGCUCAUCUCAGACGAGGCGGACUUGGUUUAUAGGCCUAACACCUUGCCAAUCAUAGACUUUAGAUCACUCAGUCCUUUGCAUCGUGAAAAGCUUGCCCGUAUCAAAAUGAGCAGACAACGCAUGAAGCAGCUGAGCUCCGUGGAUGAAGCCAGAGAGAAGAUGCAACUCGUUGGCCGCGUCCCUACAGAGCCUGGAGCUGCUGACACUGCAUAUAAAGACUUAUCCCACGUGGGGAAGUACGCCAGGCAAGACUCCGAUACAGGCAGGUCGCCCAUUUGCACUGAUAGACCUGACGGCGCUGGCGAUAGCGACAGUGACCUCUUCAAUCCAAACAUCGACCGGACCAACUUACGAUUGGUUCACCUCAAUUCUCCUUUGCGGAAGAAGUACCGUGGAAUGUAUGUGGACGAGGACACAUUUUGUGACUUUCCUGGAAUAGGGAUCCCACUGGUUUCUGAGGAGGCUUUUAUCAACGAUGGUAUAAACUACGUGAUAGAAUACGUGGAUACAAAUACAGAUGCAAUGAAGAUAUUUGAUGAGAACUACUAUGGGGUAGGUCAAUCCCCAGCAGGAGAGCAGGGCACUGUUUUGCCAUCAACAUUAGCACCAAACCAAGCAUUAGCAGAGCAAAGUACUAUUUUAGAAGGAGAAGAGGGGUAUGAAGAGAAUUUAGAUCAUGAUUUGAUUAACGAUAGUGGCUCGAGCGACAGAUAUGGCCAGGGUCCCAACUUUGAGCCAGAAACAGUUGCGGUGAUCGCACAUCACCUUCACGGAGAUGACCCAGAUAUUUUGGGUCACGUUAUUGCUCAAUCUGGGGAGGAGGCCGUUACUCCUCAGGAUGAACGGAAGGAUCUAGAUGAAUCCCUAAAGGUGGGUCACGUGGACAUGGACGAUGCUCCGAUACGAGAGAUAGAAGAGCAGGAUAUGGAAAGCAUAGAAGAUGAUGAAGAUAUGCUACUUGAGGAUAUCGAUAACGAGGCAGAUAUGAAUGGUGCGCGUGGAGUCACUAAUGAGGGUUUUCGCAAUGUAGACAAUCUAAAUCUAGUUGAAAGUAUUGAAAACGCAGGACAUGUGAUUGAUUCUCGCGUGAACUUUGAGGAACUUCGAGAGCACAGCGACCCAGGAGGCAGCAAUAGCGAUCCCGGAGUCGUGCUUAGCGAGGAACUUCCAGAAAACCAGGAGCUAAGGCCUGAAGGGCAUCUAAAUGAAAAGAUCGAUGAAGAAAACCGAGACGAUGACUUCUUGGAGGACGAGAUGGAGUAA